AUGUCGACUCAAAAUAAGGCAGCUGACGGUGGUGAUGCUCCGGAGCACCGUCGACCUAGCAUAAGCUACCUUUAUUCUGCUCAGCCUAGCACCAUCCAGCCCGAUCCCACUGCCCCAUCUACAAAUAAAAUAAUCCUAGACUAUCUUCUCUUUCUGUCGAUACAAUCACGACUGCAGCAGGCUGCUCUGGAAUUGGAUGAGCUUACAUCUCCGCUGCAGGAACAAGACGAAAAUGAGCCAGAGCAUAUUAAACGACGAACUACUAAAUGGCGUGAUACUGCUUCGAGAGCAGAAAGAGAUAAGAACGCUGUGGAGUCUAUCGUUGCAGGUGUUCUAUCAGACCAUCGCAAGAGAACACCGUCUUCAAUAUCCAAAAACCCGCAACUAGAACAGCGCUUGCAUUUAUGCCAACUGACGAAUUUAGUGUUUGGAAGAUUCGAUCCUGCUCCAAACAGCAUACAUCCCUCCGAACACACUGUAUCAACCCGUAUCCGCAAGCACUCGGAACAAAUUGUAUCGACCAUCAAUAGCGAUGACCAAGACGAAUCACAUGAUAUUAAACUUAGAAGAGAAUUUUUUGCAAAACCAAUAGAACCACCAUGCUGCCGUCGUCAUCGAAAGAGCCACUGCGUGCUUUGUCAAAUCCCCACAGAACCCAAAAAACGAACACAAAAGCCGGUCACUCCACCCUCCACACAACUGCCAACUGCCCAUUGUCUUGGCUUAAUUGAUGCGAUACCUGCGUUUCUCAAAACGAGUGCAGACUGGCUUCGGAUGGCGUUGGAAUCGGCUAGUAACACAAACAGUCCUGCACAACCUAUGACUUUUGCCGGUGAACGAGUCAUGGGAGGAGGAAUGCCACCCAAGUGGUACGAUUUGUUUCUAGAGUUUUUAACGCAAGCUGUUAUCGAGAGCUAUCUAUGUGACUCUCACAUUGGACUCCAAUACAUCUUUGAAGCGUUUUCAUACGGUGAUGUCGAAGAAGAUGACAAAGAGGAUGACGAAAAAGAUGAGGACGAUGAAAAAGAUGAGGAUGAUGAAGAUGAGGAGUCAACUCCGGAUCCAUCAGACCAAACCGACCAAGAAAAUGACGAAGAGGAUGAAGAAGAACUAUGGGGUGUACGAGCUGAAGAUCACUUUCUGCUGUUCCCCAAGACCAGAACCAUCUUUUUGUUUUCACAACAACUUCGAGAAAGAGAGAAAGAGCUUCUACUCGUUAAUGGAGAUUUAAAGAUGCACUUUACUGAGCUUGCGGAGCGAUACCCGUUGGUUGAGUUUGAGAAGAGCAUGACUGAUUUUAUUCGAAUGGUGUUAAACUCUAUGGAUACUCCAAAAUUGGAUAAGUACGAAGGUUCGUCGACUAGCCUGCAAAAAGAGACGGCUGUCGAAAACAAGACCUUGGAUGCUUCCGCUAAGCUGCCAAUAGUUUACCAAUUUCCCGGUGAUGGUGCUCUUUUAAUGCCAGAAGUUCCUGAUGAAGUACACGGAUCCAAAUCCAACAGCGCCGCAAGCGCUGAUGAUGCUAGAGGAACUAAGAGGCGGCACUCCACGGUACCAGACGACGCUGAAGCACAUAAACGCAAGUGA